GAACACCGCUGAUAAGAUUCGGGAAUCAUGAUUUUCGGAAUAGCUGUCCAAAGGAUAAUUCGGCAAUCCGUAUUCCGCCAACAUAGCGAUUUCCGAAGAACCAGUCCACUUUGUACUUUGACAGCGAUUCGCCAGACAGCAAAUAAGGAAUAUAGCAAAAUGACGUACCAGAUCGAAGAGAGAGGUUCGCCCAACACUAUUGACUACAAAUUGUUCAUAAAAAAUGAAAAAGGAAUAGUUUCACCAUUCCACGAUAUUCCAUUGCUGGCUGAUAAUACAGGCAAAAUAUUUAAUAUGGUAGUUGAAAUACCUAGAUGGUCAAAUGCCAAAAUGGAGAUCAAUACAAAAUCUGCCCUUAACCCUAUCAUUCAAGAUACGAAAAAAGGGAAAUUACGUUUUGUACCAAAUGUGUUCCCACACAAAGGCUACAUAUGGAAUUAUGGUGCCUUGCCUCAAACUUGGGAAAACCCUGAAUUACUUGACGAACAUACAGGAUGCAAGGGGGAUAAUGAUCCCUUAGAUGUACUUGAAAUUGGGUACAAAGUAGCUAAACGAGGUGAAGUACUUAAAGUUAAGGUAUUGGGAACUGUCGCAUUGAUUGAUGAGGGAGAAACAGAUUGGAAGGUACUAGUGAUUAAUGUAGAAGAUCCAAUUGCACCAGAAGUAAACGACAUUAAAGACAUAGAAAAACAUUUUCCUGGUCUACUAAAAGCCACUGUAGAAUGGUUAAAGAUCUACAAAAUUCCAGAUGGUAAACCAGAAAAUAAGUUUGCGUUUAAUGGUGAACCCAAAGAUGCAGAAUUUGCUUUAAAAAUAGUGAGUGAUACUCAUGAAUACUGGAAAGCAUUAUUACAAAAAGAAAACACUGACGGCUUAUCCUGUGUGAACACGACAUUGAAUAAUGCUUCUAGUAUUGAUAACGAAAAAGUUCAAGCAAUAUUAUCGGAGAGUUUGCCACUAUCUGAGCCUAGCCCAUUAUUACCAGAAGUUGAUAAAUGGCAUUUUGUAAAAUUAUAAAAUGAUUACUAUUCAUGGGAUCAAUUGUUUGGUGAAAUUAGAAAAUGGGAUCAAAAUAAAUAAUUUUUUGGAAAAUAUUACAAUUGUAUUUAAAUAUAAUAUAUUACCCAUAUUCAUUCCUAACUAAUGUUACAGCAUCCAAAUUAUUUAAUAAAAUAUAUUUGUGUUUUUUUUUUUAUGUGAUACACAAACAUUGUAACCUCAUGAUAAUCUUGAUGUUUUUAAAUAUGUAUUUCAAUAAAUUGUAAUGGUUUUUUGUUCAAAUUAUAA